AUGGAGGAACAGAACAUGAAGCCGUCUGCUUUCGAUGGUAAACAAGAAGCUACUACAGUUGUUUGCAAAUGGGAUAAUGUUUAUCUAAAAGAUGAAGAUAUUAAUGAAUGUUAUAGCCCCGUAUUUGGCACCAAAAAGACUCAAUUUUACCUUUCUGGAGAAUUCUUCAAUGAUGGAACCGAUGAUGAAGCUGAUGUAGUGGUCCACCGCAACAUUGAUAAUCCGAUUUGGAUAUUCAAUCUUAACAUUGCCAAAAGUUCGGUCAAAAGAAAAGUUUUUAUCUAUUCAUUGUUUGCUAAAUCUAAUGAGAAACCUUAUGUUUCCAACUGCGAUAACAAAGUUCUCACCUUUAAUUCUCCAAUCGAGUUUCUAAAAGGACACGAAUUUAAAGAGGAUUCAUAUGACCUUAAAAUAAGCGUCGAAAUUACUUUCAAAGAAUCAGUAGACAACUGGAACUUGGGCUGUCAUUUUUCGCCUAUGGUGAAUAAUGCCGAAGUGCUCUGUCAACAAAUGGCCAACGCAAUGGCUUCUAUCCCAGCUGAUGUGACGCUGAAGACAAUGACUGAUGAACGACUGUUUCCAGCCCACAAGUUUGUGCUCAAGUUGCGAUCAUCUGUUUUUGCAGCCAUGUUUUCUGGUGACUUUGUGGAAAAUCAAGCAGAAAAACCAAUCGAAAUUUUUGAACUUUCCGGCCAGGUGAUGGAGGCUAUGCUUGCUUACAUUUACUGCCGAUCGUUUGAUGGCUGGAAAGAGAUUGCCGGUGAACUGGCUGUGGCUGCUGACAUGUACAACAUUCAGCCGUUGUAUAAACUGUGCACUGGCAUUCUGUGGUCCAAAAUCACCAUAAAUAAUGCUGUCAAUAACUUCUACUAUGCUGAUCUUCUCAAUCUGACUAGCGAAAAGCUAAAUAUUGCUCGAUUCAUUGUCAAUAAGAAGAAAAAGAUAGAGAAAACCGAAAGCUGGAAAGAAAUCACCGAAGAACGCAGGGACUGGCUAGAAAAGAAACUGUCAGAGCUUCUGCCCGAGGAAGAGGGCGAAAACGGUCAAGAGCAAAGUUCUGAUUAA